AUGGAACAAAUACUUAUUAAGAAUUUACUAACUACAUCGACAUUUUCUAAAACUGUUUUACGACAGAAAAAUACAGUUCUAUGUAAAUGUAAAAUUUGUGGAGCAUCUGCAAGAUAUUCUUAUUAUGGUGCUGUUGUAUGUCAUUCAUGUAAAAUGUUUUUUAAACGUAACGCAGAAAAUCGAAAGUUAGUAUUAAAAUGUUCGUUUGGUAAUGAGUGUGAUAUUGAUAUAAAUAAUCGUCAUAUAUGUGCUUCAUGUCGACUUCGAAAAUGUUUCAUGAAUGGAAUGCGUAUUGAAAUGAUUCGAUCAUGUCGAUACACGAAGAGUCAAAAAGAUGAAAAAGGAAAGUCGAUUUUUAAUUCAAUACCAUUAACGUCAACAACAUCAGUGGUUCCAACAUUAAAUCUCUUAAAAUUCGAUCAAGCAACAUUAAGUAUGGAUCAAUGGAAUCUUUUAUCAAAUUUAGUUCAUCGUUUCGAUGAAAAUAGUGGAUAUGCAUUUGUCGAACAUUUUCUGGAAGAACAAAAACGAUUACCUCUCAAAUUACGAUUUAAACAAUCAUCAGUUCAGCACUUUUUUAUAUCACUGUUGAGUAAAGUUCAACUUGUAUUCGAGAAAAAUCGUGAUUGUCUCUUAUUAUCUCAACAUGAUCGUACGAUUUUACUUGAAAGUACAGUAGAAUAUACAGCAACUAUUGGUGGAAUGUUUCUUUUAUGUCAAGCAAGAUUAUUAGAUAAUUUGUCUUUCGUAAAGUCUGCCGAGAUGAUAUUUCCACCAUCUGCGAUGAUUUUUAUUAAACGUGCUAUUGAUCAAUUUGAUUCUGACGUUACAUUUAUUAAAUUAAUACUUGCAAUUCUUGCUUUCUCUACAAUUAACUAUACUGUAUACAGAAAAAAUAUUCUGAUUAAUCUAACAAAUGUCACAGCGAUUUUACCUAUUCAAGAUUUAUAUACAGAUUUAGCAUGGCGAUAUCUUUUACAUAAAUAUGAUCAUCAUCAAGCUGUGAUACGUUUUUCAAAUCUUCUACGAUGUCUUUUUUCUGUAAACGAAGCUAUUGCUGAAGCACAUGAAUCACAACAAUUUAUGGAUAUAAUUGAUUUUGUUUUAAAAGAAACUAAUACGAAGAUCUUAAAUAGUUAA